AAGUUUCCAUCCACCUUAACUUUCUUGAUCGCUUCCUCCUCCCCCAUCCUGCCAAACACAGGACCGUGCCAUCAGAAGACCGCCCACCGAACACACCAGCCAAGACCCCUUUCCGCCAAAAAAAAUAUUUAAGACAGACUGCAUUCACAGAUUGACGUUCAUUCAACACAGCCAUCGGAUCGGGACUUGCCCGAGUGCUCUCAGAUCGCUGCUAUCCGGUGUGACUGACUGCCAGUGGCCGCGAUGCUCGGGAUGCUAAAUAACAGAGCUGCGUCGCUCACCCUUCUGCUUUUCAUCGUCCUGUGCCUCACCAACGUAGACCAUGGAGUGCAGGCUGGAAACUGCUGGUUACAGCAAGCGAAAAACGGCAAAUGCCAAGUCCUCUACAUGACUCGGGUCAGCCGGGAGGAGUGCUGUAAGAGCGGAAGGCUCGGCACGGCGUGGACAGAAGACGAUGUGCCGUCCAGCACCCUGUUCAGAUGGAUCAUCUUCAACGGCGGGGCUCCUGGGUGUAUGCCGUGCAAAGAAACGUGUGACAACGUGGAUUGCGGUCCAGGUAAACGAUGCAAGAUGAACAAGAAGAAUAAGCCUCGGUGUGUCUGUGCACCCGACUGCUCCAACGUUACUUGGAAGGGCUCAGUGUGUGGGACUGAUGGAAAAACGUACAAGGACGAGUGCGCCCUUCUGAAGGCGAGAUGCAAGGGCCAUCCCGAGCUGGAAGUCCAGUACCAAGGCAAAUGCAAAAAGACCUGCAGGGAUGUGUUGUGUCCGGGCAGCUCGGUGUGUGUGGUGGAUCAGACGAACAGUGCUUACUGUGUGACAUGUAACCCGAGGAUCUGCCCGGAGCCCAGCGGUCCCGAGCAGUAUCUGUGCGGCAACGAUGGGAUCACAUACGCCAGUGCCUGCCAUCUCAGACGGGCCACAUGCCUGCUGGGCAGAUCCAUCGGAGUAGCCUACGAAGGGGCAUGUAUAAAAGCAAAGUCAUGUGAAGACAUACAAUGUAGCUCUGGGAAGAAGUGUCUGUGGGAUGGACGGCUAGGCAGAGGUCGCUGUGCUGUGUGCGACGUGUGUCUGGGUGGACGUUCAGACGAGCCAGUCUGUGCCACUGACAACACCACCUAUCCCAACGAGUGUGCGAUGAAAAAUUCUGCCUGCAUCUCUGGCACCAUCCUGGAGAUCAAACACACCGGAUCGUGUAAUUGAAUCUGCCCAAAUGCCUGACCAUUGAUUCUUCAGAACUCACUUCAGUAAUGGUAUUCUAUAAAAUUAUUUCAUAAUAGCAAAUGUCAUAAACUUCAUUCUCAGGUCACAAUAAAAAGAUUAUUGUGGCUGUUCAGAAAGAGCUUUCAAACAUGCACUGAGGUUCUGCGCUGUUGUGAUCCUUAUUUAUACAACAGCUACCAUAUAUUCCCCCAUAGCCAUAACUGAAGAAGACGAAGAUGAAGAUGAUGAUCAAGAAAAUAACACCUUUCCUCAAUCUUCGUUUCUGAUCUGGUAAUUUCUCCACCUGUGGGAAGAGGAAGGAUUCACUGUACUUAUCUGUAAAUAUGUUUUACGCUUAUUUAUUUUGAAGAAGUAUACAUAGUUGAGUCCCGUAGAUUUUUAUUUAUACUGUCAUGUUUUUAUAAUUUAUACAUAAAAUUGGUUAACUAUACCUGUUUUGAAGAAAUAUAUUCGUCAGAAGAGCAGUGUUAUCGUUAAUUUAUUGUGACGUAUGAUGUCUGUAAAGUACACCUUUUUCUUGCAAACUGUAAAUUGCAUUCCUAUAGCUGUAAAUGUGCCUUGUCAUUUUGGUUUUGUUACAACAAUUUUUAGCUGUAUCACCUGCAUGUUUUCCCUGUAUAUUUAUUUAUUGGAAUAUGUUACACACUGAUGUAAAUAAGGCUUCAGAUAUUGUUUACAGCGUGUCAUAUAACUGACCAAAUGUGCCAUUUUUGGAACUUGUUGUCAACUGGAAAUGUUUUGCAGCUGCGUGGUAAACUAUAAUUUCAUGGCCGUUUGUAAUCUCAAUUGCUCCAGUAGUCAUGUCUGUAAAGGUGUUAACAUAAUGCUAACAGUUCAGGUUUUCAUUUUGCUAAAAAAAAUAUGUUGCGAAUGCAAUUUUAUAUUUUCGAACAUGACAGUUUUAAAUUCAUCUAAAUAUAUAGUUUUGUACUUUUUUCUAUCAUGUAAAUGUGCAGUGUAUAUAAAAGGUAAUAAUGUGGAUUUGUAAAUACAUAAUGAAUAAAACAAUAAAAAGCCAUAGGAAUUUCCAUUUUACACUGUUCCCCUGUCUGAAUAACCCUGCCACAAGAAUUAAAGUUCUGAAAUGGAAUAUAAGGGAAUCUUGGUUUUCU